UGGCUGCCAGGGCUUUUUGGUUCCGGGGCGAGGUGAAGGUCAGCGGACCAAAGGGUGGGUGCCUGUUCUGAGGGUCUGGCCUGAGGUGCGCGCCUAGGAGGUUCCUCCCCUUUAGCAGGCAAAAGGUGACUCCGCAGGUCGGCUCAUGAGAGUGCAGGUUCCCCUCAACUGGGGUCCGGGGACCUAGAUCAUGGCGGGUCUGGGCGUCCUCGGCGCAUCCGAAAUACACUGCGCAUGCGCCCGGCAGUAGCCAGCUGGGGAGACGGGGGCUCCUCCUGGCAAGCGAGGACUUGGUUUCGGCUGGUGAAGACUCCAUGCAGUCCUGACGGCGCCCAGCCCCUCCCUCUGCCGCCGCGGCCCGUUUCUUUAAUUCGCGAUCAUUUGGGUGCUGUUCCCGGUGUCCACGCGCCUUGGGCCCACUUGCCCCGCCGCCAUGUUGAAGCCGGCGCCCUUCUCCAAGGUACAAAGAGCAGUGAUUAUCACACACUGGGAGAAAAGGCAAAGGAGAUGCUUUUUAUUUUAGAUCGGACACCUAAACAGAAACUGCGAUUUCAGUAUGAAGAAGGGAAGAGGAAGAACAAGCCGGAGGAGAAGACGAAAACUCCGUAGAAGUUCUGAAUCAAGAGGAGUGAAUGAGAGCUGCAGGCCUGAGUUUAUAGAGCUUAAGAAGUGGCUGAAGGAUAGGAAGUUCGAAGGUGCAAACUUGGUGCCUGCCCGCUUCCCAGGUACGGGCAGAGGGCUGAUGAGCACCACACCCCUGCAGGAGGGACAGGUGAUUCUGUCGUUGCCCGAGAGCUGCCUGCUCACCACGGACACCGUGAUCAGGAGCUACCUGGGGGCGUACGUCGCUAAGUGGCAGCCUCCUCCGUCCCCUCUGGUGGCCCUGUGUGCCUUCCUGAUCGCAGAGAAGCACGCCGGGAACCGGUCCCCCUGGAAGCCCUACCUGGAGGUGCUGCCGGAGGCCUACUCCUGCCCCGUUUGUUUGGAGCCGGAGGUGGUGGAGCUGCUCCCAGGACCUCUGAAGGCGCAGGCCCGGGAGCAGAGAGCCCGCGUGCAGGAGCUGUUCACGGCCUCCAGGGCCUUCUUCUCUUCCCUGCAGCCUCUGUUCUCCGAGGCUGUGGAGAGCGUCUUCAGCUACGGCGCCUUCCUGUGGGCCUGGGGCACCGUCAACACCAGAGCCGUGUACCUGGCGCGUGGGCGGAGGCCGUGCUUCUCCGCGGAGCCAGACACCUGCGUGCUGGCCCCCUACCUGGACCUGCUGAAUCACAGCCCCGCCGUCCAGGUGAGCGCAGCAUUUAACGAGGAGACGCGCUGUUACGAGAUUCGGACGGGCUCGCGCUGGAGGCCGCGCGAGGAGGUGCUCAUCUGCUACGGCCCCCACGACAACCAGCGGCUGCUCCUGGAGUACGGCUUCGUGCCCCCCCGCAACCCCCACGCCUGCGUGCACGUCGCCCAAGAUGUGCUGGUUCAGUAUCUCCCAGCAGCAGAUAAACAGACGGGCAGGAAGAUCUCCAUUUUAAAGGACCACGGCUUCACGGAAAAUUUGACGUUCGGAUGGGACGGACCGUCCUGGAGGUUACUCACAGCCCUCAAGCUGUUGUGUCUGCAGGCUGAAGAAUUUCCACGCUGGAAAAAAGUACUUCUUGGGGAAACAGUUUCCGAUACAAACGAAAAGACAAGUCUGGACGUGGCUCAGAAAAUAUGCCGUCAUCUCAUCGAGGAGACUGAUGCUGUGCUUCAGAAGGUUUCUCAUAUGAAAGCUAAAGAAACGGCUUUGGUGACCCAGCUCACUCUGGUCGAAACGCUGCGGACGGAGGAGCUCAAGGUUCUCCAGGCGACUGCUGACACCCUCCACUGCCUGCAGGCAGCUUCCGCGUAGCUCCUGGAGCGCCCGCUCGGCUCCCGCGGGGCUGCGGCUCCUCGGUCAGCUUUACUCGGAGGCUUGUGUUUUACAGAAUCGGGCGCACUCAGCGUCCGGCUUCUAUUAAACAUGGACGUGCUCACUC